AGCUGCUGUGUGAGGCCAGAUUGCAAUUCGCCGAUCACUUGACUUUUUACGAAUCGAUCAGAAAUUUUGGAAAAGCCGAAGCGAGAUUUGGGUCGAGAUGACGCCCUGCUGAGGAGAGCGACGGGAGCAGCGCCAACACAUAUCAACAGCGGCCUAUGAAAAGGGCGGGCGAUGGUUAGCUGGUCGGCGAGAGUGUGCGGCUGCCGCUUCUGGAGCCUGAGUAUUCUCGGCGUGGUGCUGGUCACGUGCUGCAACGUGCUGCUCACCAUCCGCAUGCUGCAGAACUCGCCCGACUGCGAGACGCGCGUCCUGCCCGCGAUGCUGGCGCCGCCUCCGGGGCCCCCGGGGGCCAAGCCGCGGCCCUCGGUCCCCCCCGUGAGCAACGCGUCCGAGGACGGCCCCGUCAAAGAGGAAUUCUCGGUAAACCUGCAGCUGGGCCGGUGGGACGCGCGGCGGCUGUACAAGAUGUUCGACUGGACCAGCGUCGGCGCCAAGUACGUCGAGUUGUCGCAGAGAUUCUGCGUCUGCCUGGCCACGCAGAGCUCGCUCGACCGCCUCUUCUCGCUGGCCCAGGUCGCGCACCAGUGGGCCGGACCCAUUUCCGUCGCCCUCUUCAUCGCGUCGCCAGACGAGCUCAAAAUUGCCAAAGUCUACGUCAAGUUCAUCAGGAACUGCUACCCCACUGUACGAGACCGGGUGAGUUUCCACGUGGCAAUACCAAAGGAGCACCCGAGUUUCACGUCGGAGGCCCGCAUGUCGGCGGGUCUGGAGAACGAGAAGUUGGACUGUUCGAAGCCGGAGGCGUCGCUGCGUUUGCUGAUGCGGCACCGGCGGCCGGAGGCGGCGCGCUGGCGCGUCAAACUGCCCUACCCGCAGAACCACAUGCGCAACCUGGCGCGACGCAACUGCCAGACGGGCCACGUGUUCGUCACGGACGUGGACAUCGUGCCGAGCGGGCAGCUGGCCGAAAAGCUGGACGCGUUCCUGCGCAAGCAGCGCUGCUCCGUCGACGGCCACUGCGCCUUUGUGAUUCCCACGUACGAGCUGGACGAGCGAGUCCGCUUUCCGCAAAACAAGUCUGAGUUGGUGAGGCUCGCCAAGAAGGGCCUCGCGCGACCUUUUCACCAGAAAGUCUUCAUCUAUAACCAAUUUGCAACAAACUUCACCAAAUGGCAAAUGGAGCCUGAGAUCAAUCAGGAGGUGCACGUCAGCCACAACGUCACCAACUUUGAGUUUUUGUAUGAACCGUUCUACGUAGCCCCAGACACAGUUCCUGCGCACGACGAGCGAUUCAUAGGUUACGGAUACACAAGAAACACGCAGGUGUACGAAACGUUCGUCGCCGGCUUCCAGUUCCGCGUUCUCAGCCCCAUUUUCACCGUGCACUGGGGACUGCAGAACAAGAAGAGCCGGCCAGGGUGGCGCGAGCGCCAGAACAGCCUCAACAGGCGCAACUUCGAGAUCUUCAAGCGCGAGGUGUUCGCCAGGUACCAGAAGGACCCCCUCCGCAUGCUCAACCCGCGCGUCAAACACACGCCAAUCAACACGCCCUGACCUCCAGAAAUAUAUAACAAAAUGUAAAAACGAAAUUCA